UCGCCAGCUGAUUUAGGCAGCGUGAAGGCUUCCACUAAUGUCAAGGCGAUUCGAGUUCCUUCUGGCAUAGAAGAUAGCUGGUUAUUGAUAAUCACAUCACGACCGAGACAGAUGGCACUGUUAGAGUGGCUAGGGGCUAUUUUCGCGAGGACAUGUGAGCUGGUUUUGAGAUUGAAGCCAGUGGCCAACAUGGUUGAUGAGCCUGUAUCGUCCCAUCGUUUGGCCUAUCGAUUUUGA